AUGAAGGGACCAAAGCCAGUCAUCUCACGAGGCAGCGUCAGCAACUACACUUCCUUUGCCUCUGACGCCCGAGCCGCAUGGCAGAAUGCCCUGAUGUGGUACAUCACCAAAGACGACGCUCACUGGAACCGCAGCACGACAAUUUUAGAUAGCUGGGGGUCUACGUUGGUCGACAUUAUCGGCACGGACCGGUCCCUCCUCAUCGGCUUGGAUGGCGAUCUUUUUGUUAAUGCCGCGGAAAUUAUGCGCUGGGAGGGGAACUGGACCGAAUCUGGAGCUCGCUGGCAAGGCGGAUCUGGUUUCAGCAUCCAGCUCUACUGGUUGUUCUCACGACAGUCUAUUCCUAUUGGCCAGGCAAACUACGGAAUGGCUAGUAUCAAGGCCCUUUUGAGCUUUGCUGUCUAUCUCGACGAUGUUACCCUCUACAACUAUGCCAUCAAUGAGUACUUGAACAACCCCUGUGCAGGGCUCUACUCCUUCUUCGAACCCGAGACGGGCCAAAGCUCGGAGUCCGGCCGUGAUCAGAGCCAUGCCAUGUCCGGCUUGGGUUGGGUCGCUCAGGCUGCGCGGGUAGCCCAGAGUCAAGGUUCCGACCUCUACAGUCAAGGCGACAACCUGCUUCUGAAAGGUGCAGAGUAUACGGCCAAGUUCAACCUGAAUGAGACAGUCUCAUAUGAUCCAAAGUGGUAUCGGUGCGAAGCAGUUCUUGUUAAUGGACCUUGGGCAACCAUCUCCCAGGACAAGCGAGGUGUAACGGCUACAAAUCCAAUGUGGGAUAUUCUGUACUACCAGUAUGUUGUCAAGAGACAGCUAGAAGCGCCUUGGAUUGCAAAAGCUAAGCAUGCUGUUGGAACUGAGGGCCGUUUGACGAGUAAUGAUCAUCCUAGCUGGGGAGGGCUGAUAUGGGCUUACUGA